GAAGCCUUUGCAAAAUAAACCAAAACAAACGCUUUCUGGUAUGCGCCAAAAUUCGAAGCUGCAGGCGAUCGCGCUGGGUGUCCUGGCGGCUUGCUCCCUUGCAGCAGGAUAUGAGGUUCCGUUCUCAGACUCGGAUUAUUCCCGGCAAGUAUGUUCGGGAAUGUGGGCUAGCCAGUCCACUUUCAUCAACGUCACGUUUGACGAAAGUUCUUCACAAGGUCAGGUAGCAAUGGUUAUUUAUGAAUGGAAGGAUGUCGAGUAUCUUGGUGUCACUACCUCCACAACGGAUGAUUCCUUACCCAAGACCUAUGUGUGUACAACAGACGCAGUCAGAAUCGGCCUCUGCGCAUAUGAAGAUGUCGGAAAAUUUAUCUUCUCUGUUGCGCUUAACCAGACCAGCACCGCAUCCUCUGAUUCAUCAGGGUUAUGGGAAAGUCCUGAGGCCAUCGUGCCUGUCACGGUAAUGAAUCCAACUGCCCGCCAGGCCCCUACAGAUGUCCCGUCUCAUCCAACAUACAACGGCGUCGUUCUUUUCCAGAACACUUUUGAUGGAAAACUUCCAGCUACCGACUAUCCCAAAGUUAACUUUUACCUUGCCAUGUUCUUUGCAUAUGCCAUCGUAGGCUCUGUGUGGGCAUGGCUCUGCUACAAACAUGUUACGGAGCUAUUGCCCAUCCAGUACUAUCUCUCGAGCUUGAUUGCGUUCCUUGUCAUCGAAAUGGUCGCAAACUGGGUAUACUACCGAUACCUUAACGCACAUGGGAAGACCACGGCGUCCGUUGUCUUCCUCUUUGUUGUUGCCAUCCUGGACGCGGGACGCAAUGCUCUUUCCUUCUUUAUGCUCCUCGUCGUGUCCCUCGGGCUCAGUGUCGUCUGUGAAUCUCUAGGGCCCACGAUGCUCAAGUGUCAGAUUCUUGCAGGGCUGCACUUUAUCUUUGGAGUUCUCUAUGCCGUGGGUAUAGUCGAACUCGAACUCGAGUCGACGUCAGCAUUGAUACUCCUGAUGUUCGUCAUACCGCUGGCGUUCACGCUGAGUGGGUUUCUUAUGUGGAUCUUGUACUCGUUGAGCAGUACAAUGACACAUCUAAGUGUGCGCAAGCAAAGAUACAAACUCAGGAUGUUCAAACGCCUGCAUUAUAUCCUCCUUGCCACGGUGGCUAUUGUCGCCAUAUUUUUCGUUAUCUCUUCGAUGUCGUUCUCUGAUAGGCUAGCUGAAGAUUACGCAGCAAAAUCAUGGAGAUACCGCUGGUGGCUGCUCGAUGGUUACCUCGCACUCCUCUACUUUGUCUCCUUCUGGAGCAUCGCGUACCUCUGGCGGCCAUCAGAGCACAACCGCCGCCUCGCUAUGUCCGACGAAAUCGCACAAGAAGAUGAAGAUGCUGAGGAUUAUGACCUCGAGGCACUCCAACAACGUAUCGUUGCCCGAGAGGAUGACGAGAUCACGCUCGUCAACUCACGGCGAGAACCUGAAGCCCUUGCGGAGGAUCACGUCGUGUUUGAGAUCGGCGAUGAGGAUAUGGGAAGCGAGGAUGAAGGUGAGACGACCGCAAAGAAGCGGCAUGGGGAGCCCAGAGCAUCCGGCGAUAAACAGGACGGUGCGGACGAGGAGCGUCAGGGUCUUAUGUACAAGGACCGAGACGAAUAAACUCUCAUAGAGCUUAUUUUGCCGUGGACGCCUUACUUUCUCCUUGGUUUACUGUAGAAUCCACAGUUCUUUGUUUUGCGUUGUAAACCCCCCGAUCUAUAAAUAAAUAGUUCUAUUAUGUAA